AUGCAACACGCUUCAUUCAAACACCGAGAAAUAUGCAUUUUUGUGGGAUGUUUACAUUUAGGACAACUGCCAUUCUUUCUUGUGCUCAGCAUAGAAAAGAUUACAGUUAUUCACGAUGGCAACAUCAAACCAGAGAAUAAGAAGAAUAAGACAGCGGCUUCGGAGGUCCUGGUGGCGGCUUUGUUGCGGUCCAGGCGACUUCUUUUGUCCAGGAGUGGUCCAGGUGGCUUCUUUGGUCCAGGAGGCGGCCUGGGCGGCUUCGGCGGUACAGGAGGCGGCCAAGGCGGCUUCGGUGGUCCAGGAGGCGGCCAAGGCGGCUUCGGUGGUCCAGGAGGCGGCCAAGGCGGCUUCGAUGGUCCAGGUGGCUUCUUUGGUCCAGGAGGCGGCCUGGGCGGCUUCGGCGGUACAGGAGGCGGCCAAGGCGGCUUCGGUGGUCCAGGAGGCGGCCAAGGCGGCUCCGCGGUAGUCGAGGAGGCGGCCAAGGCGGCUUCGGUGGCGGCUUUGGUGGUCCAGGAGGCGGCCAAGGCGGCUUCGGUGGUCCAGGAGGCGGCCAAGGCGGCUUCGGUGGUCCAAGAGGCGGCCAAGGCGGCUUCGGUGGUCCAGGAGGCGGCCAAGGCGGCUUCGGUGGUCCAGCGGUUUCGGUGUGCAAGGUGCCAGGGUGGUUUCGGUGGUCCAGGAGGCACCCAAGGCGGCUUCGGUGGUCAAGGUGGAUUUGGAGGACCACAAGGCAUGCCCAUCAGAAGAAUACGAGAUGUGCAAGUUUCCGAUAGAGAACGUGAGUGA